AUGUCAAUUUCACUGCACUUACCGUUGUUGUUCACCUUCUCUUUGCAGGAUUUUUUAACGAUAUUCGUUUUGAGUUUGUGUUACAUUCGGUUUGGCCCUAGAACCGCAAGUUCGGCUGAUUUUGAUGUAACGUCUUAUGGUGCAAAAGGAGAUGGGAAUACAGACGACUCCGAGGCGUUCGUUCAAGCAUGGGCUGAUUUACGUAAAGAUGAGUCACCAGACCCGACAUUGGUCGUACCUUCAGGGAUGACCUUUUUGAUAAGCCCGGUGGCAUUCAAAGGCCCGUGUAACUUUCCUACCAUACAUAUUAAGCUUUUGGGCGACCUGACUGCACCCAAGACAUUGGAUGGAUGGAAUGGUUGUACCGAGAAACAGUAUUGGAUACAUUUCUCAUCGGUGAAAGGACUCAUGAUCGAUGGACCUGGGCAAUUUGAUGGCCAGGGCUCGAUCUGGUGGGGAAACGAUGAGGCAUCAACCGAAACCUGCCAUCGCCCAUCGGCUUUACAUUUUCAUGCCUGUGAUGGCCUUCGGCUGAAAGGUACAACACACAUUAACAGCCCGAAGCUGCAUAUAAGCAUUAACGGUUGCCAAGACGUAGACGUUGGAGAUCUCCGAAUAUCAGCCCCCAAAGACAGCCCCAAUACGGAUGGGAUUGACAUCAAUGAAUCAUCCCAUGUUAAUAUCCAUGACUCUAACAUUCAAACCGGUGAUGAUUGUGUGGCUAUUAACGGUGGCGUCUAUGAUUUGAACGUAACGGGGGUGUUUUGUGGACCUGGUCACGGCAUAAGCAUCGGAAGCCUCGGUGAAAAGGGUGGCCACGACACAGUCGAACAAGUACGAGUUGAAAAUUGUAACAUCACAGGAACACAGAACGGGUUACGUAUCAAGACAGUACCGUAUGGAACGGGGUACGCAAGGGGGAUUACAUUUCGGGAAAUCCAUCUGGUAAACGUUGAGAAUCCGAUCAUAAUUGAUCAACAUUACUGUAGUAAUUCUGAAACUGCUGUUUGCCCUUCACCGUAA